GGAAUGCAAAUUGUCAUUAAGUAGCUGCAAAUAAUAGUGAAAGUUUUAGGAACAGUUAGCUUCAAAUAGACAGCUGUCAAUAUGCAUACCAACUUUUUGUAGUCAACUUAACGUUAAGAGCUGUAGAUUUCCGUCAACUUGCAUUGAGGUUAGCAAUUGAAGAAUUGAAUAUGUGUCAAUAUCAUCCCUGUUCUCGGUGCUUGUUGAGCUUACUUCAGUAAUAAAAUAAUCAAAGAGGAUUGCCUACAUUCAUACCAGAUAUUGAUUGCUAUAGUUUAUUCUAUAAAUACAUUUAAUAAUAUGCCUGAGAACUAUGACAAUUUGACUUAUUCAGAAGCACGAAGCUUACUAAGAACAUGGAGAGAAAAUUCAGAACGAAAAAGCCGAGAGAUAGUAGAUAUUUGGCAUUCUGUACUGAUGGAUAAAAUGGAACAACUUGGAAAUGAAAAGUACUUGAUUUUGGAACAAGUUUGUGUGGCUGCAUUGGAUUGUUAUAGAUUGUCUUUGGCGGAGUACUGCAGUAAAAUAUUGAUGAAAGAAUUUCCUGGUAGUUUAAGAGUACACAAAUACCAUGCUAUGCAUUUGGAAGCUUUGGAAUUAUACGAUGAAGCAUUAGAGGUAUUGGAAUCAAUUAUUAAAAGAGAUGAAACAAAUGCAGCACCAAGAAAACGUAAAGUUGCUAUUUAUAAAGCUCGUGGUAAAACAACCGAAGCCAUCAGAGAGCUUACGGAGUACCUUAAAGUAUUUAUGAGUGAUCAAGAAGCUUGGCACGAACUUUGUGAUUUAUACUUGAAGGAACAAGAGUAUGGCAAAGCUGCAUUUUGCAUGGAAGAGCUCAUUCUCCACAACCCACAUAACCACCUUAUUUAUCAGCGGUAUGCUGAAAUAAAAUAUUCUCAAGGUGGCUUCGAAAAUAUCGAAAUCGCUAAAGCAUAUUUCAGUCAAGCUGUAAAACUGAACAGUAAUAAUCUACGAGCUCUCUAUGGCUUAUUAUUAUCUUCAAAUUAUCUCGCAACAUCUCCUAAGUGCAGUCUGUCGAAGAAAAAGGAAGCGAUAAAAUUAAGUGAAUGGACAGCAAAUCAAAUCGAAAAGCAGUACAAAGACAAAGUUUCUGAUAGUAUUAGCAUUAAGAGCUUAGAAGGUUUGAUUGGAAAAUUGCAACUAGAUGCAUAAAAGACAGUACAUUUAGUAAUUGACUGUAAGAAUAACUUUUAUGUGCAAAUACUUGAUUUUUCUUUUUAAUCUAUUUCUUUUAAAAUGCAAUUAUCGUAAACUACGUUUAUCUACAUUUUUAAAUUUAGAUCGAUUUCAACAUGAAUAGUCACGAAUAAUUGUCUUGUUAUUUUCACAAACGAAAAGAAUUAUAAAAAUCACUUAAUCAUAUAAUAAUUAAUUUAUUUAUUUAGAAUAGAUUUCAAACGGGUGAAAAGAAAAUUGUUAAAACUUUUUCAUUUUUUACUGAAUCUAUUAAAUAGAUGUUAUGUAAAUCUAAUAAUAUUAAUAAAUUAAUUAGAAAGAACAAAUAUUGAUAUACUCAUUAACGAUCUAAUGGGGUUCCCUUUUUGUUAAACUAGACCCAGGGGGCAUCAUAGCUCAUUCGAUGGCGUGCAAAAAUUUAACGUUAAAAAUAAUUUCUUAACUUAUCUAACAAUAUGGAUACAAAUAAUAAUAAAUAUUUCACAUGGAAUGUUGCACAGUUAAAGGAAGAUAACUCAACUAUUUAUUUAUCUGUGCAAUAACUUUCAUUUUUUUCAACAAUAAGAUCCUUUGCGAAAUGGUUAGAACAUAACCUCGAUUUCGAAGACCGAAAAUUUACAUUUACAGUCUUUUCCCAAAAGGCCCGACGUUUUCCAUCAUUGGGAAAAGUGAAAGUUGCGUUUCCUUUACAAAAAGGAACACAUCACUUACCCAUAUUCUGUAUAAUUUUUUUAUUUCUCUGAUAUCGAAUAUAUAUGAUGAUUAUGCGACACUAGUAGCUACUCCAAAACACAUAUUUAACUGACAAA